UGUUUUGCAAUUUCCAGUACUUAAGGAAAUCCAAAAAUUCUUCUUCAAUUUCAUGCAUGAUACAAAGGCAUCAUACUAUCUAUUCGACUACUGUCAUACAGCUACUUUCAAUUUGAAAACACGUGUUCUUAUUUACUUCCGGAGAGAUCACCUCAGAUAUCACUGGCUUGAUUUUAAAAUGAAAAUACUUUAGAUGUAUUAACUUUGUACAUAGUGAUAAAAAAAAGAUAUACUUUAAAAGAAAGAACAACGAGCAUUAAAAUGUCAAAAGUUUAUAUUAAAAAAUGUCCGGAAACUCUUCUCGCUUGAGGUUUUAAAAUUAACUUCUACUUUCGCUUUUGUGAGAGAAAAAAGGAAGAAAAGAAGUUGUGAUUGCUCAUAAUGUUGUAAACUAAUUUCUGACGUAGUCCCUGCAACGGAAUGUUUGGACAAGUGGUUAUUGGGCCCCCAGGAUCUGGGAAAACCACUUAUUGUCAUGGUAUGUCGGAAUUCUUGACCGCUUUUGGAAGAGAGGUGUCUGUUAUCAACCUCGAUCCCGCCAACGACCAUCUACCCUACAAAUGUGAUGUUGAUAUAUCAACAUUAAUAACUCUCUCUGAUGUAAUGGAUGCCACAAAACUUGGACCAAAUGGUGGUCUUAUCUACUGCAUGGAAUACUUAGAGAAAAACAUUGACUGGCUUCAGAAUGAGUUAGCAAAGCUAAAGAACAAGUACUUGCUGUUUGAUUUUCCAGGACAAGUUGAACUCUAUACACAUCACAAAUGUGUUCGCAACAUUCUGGCUCAGUUGCAAAGGUGGGACUAUCGCCUUGUGUCCGUGCAUCUUGUUGACUCGCAUUAUUGUAGUGAUUCAGCGAAGUUCAUCUCCGUUUUGUUGACGUCAUUGUCUACAAUGUUACAGUUAGAACUUCCACACGUUAAUGUGCUGUCAAAGUGUGACUUAAUAGAGCAGUUUGGGAAGCUUUCAUUUAAUCUAGAUUUUUAUACAGAUGUUUUGGAUCUUGGAUACAUAUUGGAUGAAAUUGAAUCUGACAAAUCACUGCAGAAGUAUAAGAAGUUGAAUUCAGCCCUGGUAGACCUGGUUCAAGAUUACAGUCUCGUUUCAUUUGUUCCACUCAAUGUAGAGGACAAAGAAUCAAUGUUGAGAGUUAUGAAGCAGGUGGACAAAGCAAAUGGUUACGUGUUUGGAGAUUUGGAGGAAAGAGACGUUCAAUCCAUGAUGUCAUGUGCAGUUCAAGCCGAGUUCGAAUACGAGAAAAUCAAAGAUGUUCGAGAAAAAUACAUGGACACUGAAACAGGAGACAUUGAUAUUGACACUUAAUGGAAGUGAAACGAGUACACUGUUGACCAUAAUGUAAUCAGUACUCAGUUACCUGUUCAGUGCAGAACAGUUUUAAGUUUUUGCAAUGGGGUUUGAUGAAUAGAAUGAAGAACUUCCACUUAAAUCUAUUGAUAAAAGUGAGCACAAUUUAUUUGAAGGUAUGGUUGAUUAAACAAGGAGUUGACUCA